AUGUCUACCACCCUCAGCACGCGCCGCCAACAACCGACGACAAGUUUUACCACAUCAAAACGAUCCUCGGCCACUAGCACUACCACAUCACAAGCAACUCCAACCUCUUCCAUCGUCGAUCGGCAGUUCAGUCUUGAUACCAGCAGCUCUACUUUCAGCGCGACGACAAACACAUCCAACAACGUUAUCGGCGCGACUCCGACAUCCACACCCAGUGCCAAGUGCUCGGCAGACAGUGAUUGCGGUAGCAACAAGAUAUGUUCGAAAGGGGUCUGCGCUAGAGUGAUCGAUGGUGCCCCGUUUGGUCCAGCUGGAGGCUCGACUUCAGGGUCAACGUCGCAUAUGAGCUCCGGAGCAGCAACGGGGCUGGGUCUGGGAGUUCUGAGCUUCAUUUUAAUACUGUUUGGCCUAGGCAUCUGGUUAUGGCGGAGAAGAGUACAGAAGAUACCCAGCUUUACGAUAGAAUCGUCGCGAGUCAACCGCAGCAGGUCCGUAUCGAGUGCGACUGAUCAGAAAACACUUGUGGCUUCCGUACCGAACAGUCCACAGUACGCCAAUUUUCGCGAGCAGUACGAUCUAGAACACACUGCGUCUCUUGCGCAGCUAGUCUUGCCACACAAGGUUGCUAGCCACCAUCGGUUCGAGAAAGACGGAGCUGCCGACGAGAAGCAAAAUUCAUCCACAGUAACAACGCGCCAAAGAUCUCAGUCGACCCAAAAGCGUCUACCUUUACCGCCUAAGGAUAUGCCAUUGCCCCCACCACCCACAACAACGGAGAAGAAAUACACAGUGAACGUCAACAUCAAUAAGAGCAUGAUAUUCGACGAUGUGAUGUACAAAAUGGCUAGCACACCACGAGACACGGGAACACCACGUGAAAGCGAAACACCACGUGAUCGAACAAAGUAUCGAUUUGAGGAGUACCAUCCGCCUGUCAAAAUCACGCCACCAAUCUCUCUGAGUUCGGACAAGCGAAAGUCUGAGAUAGAAUUGGCGCCCUACCCCCGCAAUACCAGGGUGUCAACAGCUCCGACUGUUAGCGAUGAGGGAGAGGACGGCGAGAGAAGUUUGAAGAGGAAGAGCACACUGAAGAGAUUGCAAAGCAGACCGCCACAGCUUCAUCUCCCCGGGCUGUCAUCACCUCCAAGUCCCAGUCUCAGCUUCAAAUCUUAUGACUGGUAUCAGGACAUUAUUGGCACAGAACAGACGAACUUGGAAGAUACAGUUUUGACAACUUCAGCACCAUCGAUUCCAGAUCGCAGCCCAAGGAGGUCACCAACGCGGCCGAAUUUCAUCGCCAUACCACCUUCAACACUAUCGGAACCCCCGAUCCCAGAUCGCCAUCCCCAUCGAGAUUUAGAACGUGGACUUUUACCAGCACCACUCUCACCACGGCCUCUUACGCCAUCUUCGCCAUCAUUGCUAUCGCCGAGCACGGCCGCGACGCCCAGUCCUACUUCAACAAACUUCAUACUAGCACCCGCAGUAUAUGUAAUGCCCUCGAAGCCAGCGCGCGUUUCUCUGCACAGCUCAAUGUCUCAGAAACCACACAAGCCGAGGAAAAGCUGGCUUCCUGCCGAGGGUCUAUAUCUCCCCAAGGAGGGCACGCAAGACUCUUACACGAUGUUCAAGAGGAGAAUUAGCGACGACAGUCGACCGACGAGUUACUCGCCGUUCUAG